CGAAACCCUCAAGUGGAAUGGCCACCAUUUCUCAUUAACAAAAAAUAUAAAUGAAUACAAACUUUGGUAUCUUCAAUGAGGAUUCCGCUACUUUACCGGGAAAACAAUCGCCGUUUGCGGCGGAGUGCUGGUUCGACGACGCAUGUAUCUUAGACAUGGACUACUUCGUCAAAACCCUAUCUGGCAUUAAGGCCAAGGGCGUACGUCCUGACCUAAUCGGCUCCAUCAUAACACACUACGCCUCCAAAUGGCUGCCGGACCUCGUCACCAACACCGGCACCGGUGAAUCUAUGACCGACACCACCGGUUUCGUAACCAACGGCAACUCAACUGAAAGCGUCACCGUUUCGUGGAUGAAGAAAAGGUUCUUUGUCGAAACCCUUGUCGGAGUUCUGCCACCGGAGAAGGACGCCAUCCCAUGCAACUUCCUCCUCCGGCUACUCCGAACGGCCAAAAUGGUCGGGGUUGAGCCCUCGUAUCUAGCGGAGCUGGAGAGGAGAAUCUCGUGGCAGCUGGACCAGGCGUCGUUGAAGGAGCUCAUGAUACCGUCGUUUAGUCACACAUGCGGGACUUUGCUCGACGUCGACCUGGUCUAUAGAUUGGUGAAGAGGUUCGUUAGCUUGGACGAAGUAACGAAAAGUAAUGGGGCGGCGGCCUUUGUGAAGGUGGCGAAGCUCGUCGACUCUUACUUGGCGGAGGCCGCUGUGGAUGCCAAUCUCAGUAUGACCGAGUUUGUGGCCCUCGCUGAUGCUCUUCCAAGUCAUGCGCGUGCCAUGGAUGAUGGUUUGUACCGAGCCAUUGACACUUAUCUAAAAGCACAUCCGAGCGCGUCAAAGCACGAGCGGAAGAGUCUUUGCAGGCUGAUCGAUUGCCGGAAACUGUCGCCGGAGGCGUCGCUCCACGCGGCACAGAACGAACGGUUACCAGUUCGAGCCGUGAUCCAAGUACUAUUCUCGGAACAGUCCAAGUACUCUAGAAACAAUAAUGUGAGUGAUUGGAGCGGGUCGUUCAGUGGGACCCGGAGUCCGAACCUGGGACUGGAGCAGCCGAGCCGUUGCUUAUCGAAGCGGGAAAUUUCGGUUCAGCAGAUGGAGAUAAAGAGGCUGAAAGAUGACGUACUUAGGCUUCAAAGUCAGUGCAACUCCAUGCAAAUUCAGAUGGAGAGACUGUUGGAGAAGAAGAAAUCUUCUUCUUCGUCUUCGUCGGGGUUUUUCAAGUGGAAGAAGUUUGGUUUUGUGUCUUCUCUCAAGUCUAGUACUACUGCUGUGAGUAUUGUUACGGAUCUGCAGAAGAAGAAUAUUGAUCAUCAUCAUCAUCAUGAUAAUGAUCAUGAUGAUCUUGUUGGGUUUGAUCAGCGGCAAACGCCGACGAUGAACAUGAAAACAAAGUUGGUGGUCAGAGGUAGAACUCCCCCCAAAUGGAGGAAAUCCAUGUCUUGAUAAUGAUAAUGUUAAUCACCAUCAUAUAUAUAUUAUGUAUGUAGCUGUGCCAACAAAAAAAAAUUAUGUAGCUGCCUGCAACGUAUUAAUGUGUUACUUUAAUAUGUAAUAUCAUGUAUAUGUUGGUUAAUUUGAUUUUAUUGCGAUAAUAAUAAAAUUUUCAUAUUUUAUUGAA